UCCCAUUUCUUUUGGAGAGAUCACAAUUCACAGCUACGACCAACAUUAGGAGUUACCACAAAAUGGGUUUCAAUCUUCAUAGCAGCUCCCUAAACCAUGCUAUUACCUUUCACAAGCAUCCUUCAAUAUCAUCAUUACCCCAUAACCACAGUGUAAAUAAUCGCCAGCUUAGCACGGUGAGUGCUCCAGUACUACAGCGGACCAAAGACGGUCGGCCAAUUACAAGCCAACAACAUGGAGUUACGAGUUUCUCCAGUCCAUCAAGGUCAAUGACAUCAACGAGAAUCAAAUGUACAAAGACAUGGCUGUGAUGUUAGAGAGGGAAGUCAGCAUGUUCUGAAGAGUUACGUAAUGGAGGAGGAUUCAUUACUUAUACUGGAACUGAUCGAUGAUAUCCAGAGAUUGGGCUUGGCCCAUCGGUUUGAGAGUGGCAUUAAGAAAGCUCUGGAUAAUUUGGCUUUCAUCAUUGAUGGUUGUAACACCAUGAGUAGUAAUAUGUCCCUCCACGAGGUUGCUCUUUGUUUCAGACUUCUUAGACAAAAUGGUUACUUCGUCUCGCAUGAUGUGUUCAAGGAUUUGGUGAGUGACAAGAAUAAUGAAGCCCUCUUGAAGGGAUGCGGCCAUGAGGAUGUGAGAGACAUGCUGAGUCUGUAUGAUGCUUCGUACCUUGCCUACCAGGGUGAAGACAUUUUGGACAAGGCGAGGGAACAUGCGACUGAACGUCUCAACACCUUCCUAAUGGAAAUCAGCUCGAGUAAUGGUGAUGAAAACAUGGAAGAACUGGUUCGUCAUUCUUUGGAGGUUCCGUUGCAUAGAAGAAUGGUGAUGCUAGAAGCAAGAUGGUACAUUGAAGCGUAUAAGAAGAAGGAAGGAGCAAACAUGGCGUUGCUUGAACUAGCCAAGCUAGAGUUCAACAUGGCUCAAUCAGUACUCCAAGGGGACCUUAAGGUCUCGUCAAGGUGGUGGAACAAUUUGGGGCUAGCUAAGGAAUUGAGUUUCAGUAGAGACAGAUUGGUGGAAUCCUUUUUUUGGACCGUCGGAAUGAUGUUCGAGCCUCGGUUUAGCUCAUGUCGUAAGGAUUUAACACAAGUCACCUCGUUUAUCACCAUAAUCGAUGAUAUCUACGAUGUUUAUGGCACUAUGGAUGAGUUGGAACUAUUCACAGAUGCUGUUGAAAGGUGGGACAUCAAUGUAAUGUCGAGCAUGCCGAAGUACAUGAAGUUGUGUUUCUUAGCUUUCUAUAACACAAUAAACGAGAUGGGUUAUGAAGCUCUUAAGAAUUACGGACACAACACUAUCCCUUACCUUACUAAAGCGUGGGCUGGUAUGUUGAAGGCUUUCCUAAAAGAAGCAAAAUGGAGUUCCAAAGAAUGCAACCCGCCAACAUUUUCUGAAUACAUGGAAAAUGCUUGGAUAUCUGUUUCUGGAGCAGUCAUUUUGGUCCAUACAUAUUGUCAUUUAGAUGAUGAACUUUCGGAUGAUAAUAUCAACUAUUCCAAGGAGGCAUUGUGCCACUUGAUGAAUUCGAACGAAAUGCUUCGCUGGCCAUCUAUCAUUUUCCGGUUAUGCAAUGAUCUAGCAACAUCAUCAGAAGAGAUAGCACGAGGUGAAACAGUGAAUGACAUCUCAUGCUACAUGAAUGAAACUGGAGUCAGCGAGGAGCAUGCCAGGGAGCACAUGAAAUAUUUGAUUGAUGAAGCGUGGAAGAAUAUGAACGAAGGAUUACUAUUAAUUACGAAACAUGAAUAUUCUCCGAUGAAUGAUCACGUUUUUUCCAAGUCAUUUCUUCAAUCAACAAUCAAUCUUGCAAGGAUCUCUCACUAUACUUACCAUACAGGAGAUAGCCAUGGGGCUCCCGAUGCUGGAUCCAAGAAGAGAGUCAUGUCCUUGCUCAUGAACCCUAUCAAAAGUUAAAUGACGUGUUCCCAAUGACUUUCAUCAUUUUUUUAUUCCAUAUUCUUUUUCUUCGUGUUCAGUGUCACAUGAACUCAGCUACUAGUGUAUUGUAUGUUGAAUUGUAAUUCAAUGAGAAUAUAAUAGUAACGAU